UAAAUGUCAAUGUCCCAUUAUUCUUAUCAUAUUGGAAGUUUUCACAAAAAAAAAGUGAUUUGUGACUUAAGUUUAGUCUUCCAUUUGAUCAUAAACAUAAAAUAUAUAAAAAAAAGUUACAUUUGGUAAGUUUUAGAUGCUAACGAGUUUAGACAUAGAGAAGGAAAGACUUUUGAAGUAUCACAGUGAAGAAUAUUUAAAGUAAUACGAAAAAAAGGAAUGUCCAGGAAAUUUUUCAGUGGAUUAACUGAUCAGAUGAUGACGAAACAUUCCAAUGGGCCGAAUCGUCAACGAACAAAUUUUUAUUGGCCAAAUGAAACAAAUUCAGAAGAAUUCGUAUCUGCUAGAAAUCGAAUGAGAAAUCGAAGUAUGUCAACUGCAUCUUUAAUGAGUCAUUCGCAAGCAUCAACAGACACAGAAGAAUCAAAAAGACGAAAAUCGCAACAAAAUCAAUCAAAAAUUGAAUUUUAUGAUAUGGCUGACAUUGGAACGGACAAUGAAAGUGUCUAUAGUCGUUCAAAUGAUCCCACAAGAGAAAAGAAACUUCAAACACUCAAGUCUCGAAUAGAAUUUUAUGAUUUUGUCGACACUGACAAUCAACAACGUGAUGAAGAUGUUCAAUCGGUCAUCGAACAACCAGUAGUGAGAAAAACGGAUUCGUCUGUUAUUGAAAACAAAACAAUUCCUAUUAUAGUGUCAGAAGUAGAGAAAAAUCAGAAAAUCAAUUUAGAAGAAAUUGAAUUGCAAAAUGACAAGCGAGAAAAAGGCUUUGAAAAUGAGCAAGAUUUAACACAACAGCAAUUCCAAAAUUUAAAACUAAAUUCUGAGAUUCAACAAAAGAAUAACAAUACUAAUCAAUCCAAUGAAGGUCUACGAAGGAAAAAACAGCAAUGUAUGGACAGUUUUAGUGAUUCUGAUGAUGAAGAUCACUUUUAUCGAGAAAAAAAUCUCGUCAUAGAAGAUCGUCGACCACCAAUGCGAUAUCAUUCAACACCACAACGAUCAACUCGAUCACACCCACGUCGCUUUACUUCGGAUUAUUUGGAUUUUGACGAUGAAGUUUAUUUCGAUCGAAAUUGUGAGCCAAGUUUGAGCAGCCGAAGGUCGAAAUACCGGAAACCCGAAAACAUGCCACCACGCGUGAGCCGAAGACGAGACUAUUCACCUGAAUUGUCCGAUGAAGAAUUUUUCGAUUAUCGAGGAGGUUCAAAAUCUCGAUUACUGACAUCGCCUGGUCGCCACAGAUUGAUGAAUCGCUAUGAUGAUGAUGAUCACGAUUCUUAUUAUAGAGAACGACCAACAGUAACUCGUCGGUUGUCAAGAAAUGGCGGAUAUGAAAGUGAAAUGGAUGUUCAUCGUUCAUCGAAGAUUUCACCACCGGACCAUCAAAUUUCGCCACAGAAUCAAAACCAUUAUGAGAAACUUCUACAGAAUGGAUAUUCAAGUGGAAUAGAUUCGCCUAUAGUAUCAUCUGGUCGUCCACCAGUCAAUGCGUCGUUGUCUCGAACAGAUUCAAUAAACGAAGCACGACAACGUCAUCACGUCAAUCUCAAGUCAAACAUUUUUCAUAAUGACCCUGAAUACAAUGUACUUGUACAACAACAAAAACCGCUCAGUGUACGAGAAUUUGCAGCACGUCAACGUGUCGGCGUUGGUUUACCUGACAUAUGA